UUUGUAUUUCUUUCUUAAAACACAAAUUUUAAUUAAAUAAGUUUUCCCCUCAUCAAUAGCUACGAAAUAUGUUUUGAGCAGCAGCAAAAAACGGAAAAAAUCAAUUUCGUUCAGGCCGACUACCACUCGCCGUCUCGUCAACAUGCCUAUACACAAUUUAUUUUUGCAUUCGUCCAUGUUGGCGUUGGUGCUCCUCCUGGCAUGCUGCCACACCACCGCCGCCAUGGAACAAGCAGCUGUGGGCGAAUUGUUUUCCUACAAAAUUGAACCGUUACUCUUCAAUUGGACCCAUCAGGUUAUUAGCGAACAAUUUCGCUAUCGUGUCUCGCUAGAAGGCUACGCCGAUUUACCCUCCUGGCUGCGUUACAAGUACAGUCACGAGUAUCACGCUGGCUUCUUGUAUGGUACACCAACUGACCGUUUGGCCGACAAGACAGUACGCUUGGAUAUUGUGGCAUUGAAUAAGCAAAACUAUGAGACGCGUACAGCAAAGCUUUCGAUAUUUGUGGCACAGAAGUUGCCUUCGUUGAAUAUUAUACAAAUGAAAAUAGACAAUUUGAAUUGGGUGCAUUUGAUGGAUCCGGGACGUGUUGAGAAUUUACGCAACAUUUUCCGUAAGGAUCUGUGGCCAGAAAGUGAAAACGAUUUGAGUGUGGUAUUCAUGGAGUCGGCAGUAAAUAUGGGUGGAAGGCUGCCAUUGCGACCACAACAGCGCGAGGGCGUUGUUGUACACCUUGGUAGCUCUGCUCAAUUUUCAUCACGCCUCAAGGAGUUACAGGAGGAGGUACGUCCCCUCUACAAACUAUCCACUUGCACCUACAAACGCACCUCGGUGCAAAAAGUGUUCGAGAAUGCUGGUUUCAAGUUAGAUUGGUGUGCUUUUAAGACAGUUGGCGCUGAUAUUUCACCGGAAAUACUCUUUCACAAUUAUGGUCAUCGGAGUCAUCAUGACAAUUUCAAGCGCACUGACCGCUGGUUGGGCAUUGCACGCGAGGAUGUGCCAGAUCGCAAUUAUAUUGAUGAAUUUGCCUUCGCUUUCGCCAUUCCUGGCAUGAUUUUCGCUGUACUUUUGGGUAUCUUGUCGGCGGCACUUUGCUUUCAGCACGGUAGAUUAUACGAUCCAAACUCAGAGUUUUUCUUUGAAAAUAUUUUUCAUAUUUGUGAGGAGUCAUGUGAAAAGGAAAAUGAAAGUGAUUCUGACGAGGCAGGAAGUGAAAUGUCAUCGACCUAUCAACCCGCUACAUCAACCGUACAAAUGGUACAAUGUUCUGACAGCAACACCGAUCAGCCAGUGACUACUUUGAAGAGCUUGAAGGAUCCCAAU